UUAAACAAAACAGAGUCAAUGUUCAAAACAGAGGUUUAAAGUUUGUAUAAAACCGUAGAUUGAGACUAAUACAAACUAUUACGAUCUCAAGAAAUAAAUUUGUGUUUGUAAUGGAAGUUGAAGUUAAAAUUAAGGAGGACAUGAAAAAGCUCGGCUGCAAAUGCGAAAAGAAGAUAUCACUUGCCUACUUUUUGUACAUAUAUUUAGUUGAUCAGAAGGUUAUGUACGACACGGAAUACUGUUACAACAAAGAUAUCGACACGCUCUACGUCGUCGCUAGACCAUAUAAGAACGAGAAGUUAAACAUAUACGUGCCGAUUCAGACCAGUCAAGACGUUAGUCUGGACUUUAUAAACGUCUUACAGGAGAAUUUAUGCACCGUCGAGACCGGGCAUAUUAUAAACUUGGCAUUUAUCGAGAGUGACUUCACCACAGUGAUCUACACUUUCACUAAAGGUCUUGCUAAGCGGCAGAGUGCGGAAAAAGCUUCCCUUGUGCGACAAAAGGAGGAAAGGAGAAGCUUUAUUAACAGCGAAUUGAAGAAGAAUAAACAUGAGAUAAUAAAGAAUGCACUGAAUGGUGGGGUUGUGGAUGACGAUGACUGUUAUGUGCUGGACUGAUGAAUCAGAAGAGAAUCAUCUGGUGUACCUUCUCAGUUCAUCUUAAGAAGGUACAUUUGUAACAAGUUGUGUCACGUACGAUGAGUGUGGUCAGUCUUACAGAACAUUUACAGAUAAAACUGUGGUAAGCGAAAAGAGGAAAUCAAUGGAAAUAAACUUUGACAUUAUUGGUGUGCAAGAGAUACACAGCCACAUGUUCCAUAGCAAUGAUAACAUAUUGCUAAUUGCUUUAUACAUUACAGCUGAGCCCGAAGAUUUAUUUGCGUGUACAUUGUGUCCUAUACAAUCAGUGCAACCAAAGUGUUUUGUAAUCUUAUUGUUGUUGCUGCUCUGAGAUAAAAAGUAUGCUAUUUCCUUAUCUAAGAUACAAAUCAUCUUCAUUUCAAUGCCUAUCUUUUGUAGUUUAAGCAAGAAUUCUCAGUUUCUUCGGCAUAAUGAAGUGUCCAUUGAGCAUCUUGUGGUUCAAGGGAAAGUUGAGGGUAUCAGAGUUUACGAAAGAUUGCUGCUGAGGUUGACAGACCAAGUUAAGGCUGCAAUGAAGAAGGCUCCUCUAUAUGAAUGUGUAAGAAAAUUAACUGUUGGGAAUGGGUGGUGAAGGAUUGUAACGCAGGCCUCAACACCAAAAUGACAAACACAACCAGUUUGUCAAGACUGUAAUGACUAAGAAAAAUUACUAUGUAUGUUAAGUGUAUACUAGAUAAAUACAUUUUUUCUCAAGUACAAAAGACUUAGUUGGGUUAGUUAAUACUGCAGAGUUGGGCAACCUACUGUAUCUCACAAAAGCUAAUUUUGAGUUUUGUGAGUUGUAGUAUGUUAGCAAUGUUAAAAACAUGAUAUAAAGUGAUAGCAAUUUAUAUUGAAGUAUAAACUAGAGAAUUCUAGGCUUUUUUGCAUUAGAUUAGGAAUCUUGAAGACUUUCUAAUACAAAAAAGCCUAGAAUACCUACUAUGUUUAAGACCUAGACCUAAAUAGCAAUGAAUUAAUCUAACUACCCUGUGUGAACUUUUGCCUAUGACCUAUUCUGUAACAUUUUAUUAAUAUUCAACAAUAAACAUAUUUUUCUCAUGCAUUA